UUCCCAAAGGGUGCCAUGUCUUGUGUUUCCUCUUGACUAGAAACACGGAAUAUUGAGAGAUGGUCACCAUGGGCCCACCACAGGGUGUUCGUCCCGGCGACAUUCUAGAGGUUCUUCAUGAAUUUGGCGGGCGCGGAGAAGAUGAACUGAUCAUGUUACCCCGCGACAAGAUUGAAUUGAUCGAGUUGGAUGAAGGAUUUGGAGAUGCCUGGUACUACGGCAAAAACCUUAGGACGGGACAAACUGGUCUCUUCCCUGCGAACUUUACCAAAGUGGGCUCCCCAAGAAAGACCCUCGCUGAGUCGCCAGUACUUGUAGAGUCGCCGAUACAAUUGGAAUCCCCUGCGCCCGCAGAUUCAUCAUUCGCAUCAGUCGGGAGCGGGCAGAGCACCCCUCAAGCAUCGCGCCACGUUAGCUCCAACGAUAUGCAAUCACCGCAAAUUGGUUCUCCCACACAGCAUCGAUCUGCCUCGUCUCCGCUGCCUCGCCCAAGCCUGGCGGCCGAUAUUCAGCAAGCCUUUCGUGGUUCGAUGGACAAUCAUGUGAAUGGCGAAGAAAGUCCGGUCAUGAAUGAGACCUUGAGUGUCAUUGACGAGCACAUCACGGACAUGAACACCCCACGUCACAGCGUGUCAACCCAAGAACCCAGGACGAUCAAUGAUUCCGGCAGCGAGUACAGCAGCCAUAUUGGCCACAGGGCUUCUUAUAUCAAUGGACAUGAAACCGACGACGAGGAGCAAAAUCAUCCAACCGAGCAGGAGGUGCGGAAAUGGAGUCAAACACAGACUUCGAGGUGCUUGCGCGGGCUAGGCAUUGAUUCAAAACACUGUGACAUCUUUGAAGAACAAGAGAUCACCGGUGAUGUGCUUCUUGAUAUGGAUCAAGAUUUUAUUUUCAUGAAGGAAUUCGAUUUUGGAGUCAUGGGCAAACGGCUCAAGACCUGGCACAAGAUCAAGGCAUUCCAAGAAGAGACCAAGGGCUUCAGUCAGCAGCAAGCCCUAAGAGACUCCAUCUCCGGCUUCUCAGGACCUUCCGAUGAACGUGCAUUGUCUCGCGCUGGACACACCGGUCCACUUCUUCCUCGGAUUUCGACCUUGUCAGAAAAGACCGGCGCUGGUUAUCCACGAGCCUCUGCACCGGUGCAACACCCCCGACUGGCCAGCAACAACAGCUCGCCCAUGACACCGCAUACCCCUCCAUACAGCCAUGAUUCCCCGAGGAGAAUUUCUGCGGCAUCGCUCCGUGAUCUCAACCAAUCGCGUCGUCAUUCUUCCAUUGACGCCACUCAACGCGGCAUGUCUGAUUCCGUUUUCGUUGGUCAUCAAAAGAAACCCUCAUUCGACCGGUCCUGGACUCUGAAUUCCGGCCCCCAAUCCAUGCCCGCUCGCCCAGGGACCUCCGCGGGCACUAGUCCGGGUUUCCAGAGCGGACCGCCGACCGCUGAGUCAGAUUCUUAUACCAACUCUUAUAUCAGCACCCCGGAUCAGAUUGAGGACCUAGAUCGGGGUUAUUUCUCGGGGACCGAGGUUGACUCGCGCCGAACCCGCCGGGUUCUACAGAAACGGGGGUCCGCCGGUGUCGGCGUAAACAGUCACUCGCGAAAAUCAAGCUAUGCAGAAGAUCCAUAUAAAGUGAUAUCCCCGGCGAAGCGCCACUCUCGCAUUGGGAGUGUGGACUCAAUCCGUGACGCAGCAAAGCAUGUCUCCCCCGCUGCCCAGGCCUAUCACGGCACGCCACCGAAGAGUCGACUGCGGAGCUUGAGCACGCGCGUCUCAACUGAUAGAAGUGGGAACAACUCUCAGUCGUCAACCACCGAGAGCAAAACUAGUAGCGGUGGUGGGUUCUUCGCCAACUUCCCUCGGGUCGGCAGCAAAGGUGAUUCGGAAAGCUCUUCUUCUCGCGCUUCGCCGUUGCAAUUCCAGCCACUGAAGAAUGCUGGGCCCAAGUUCCGCCGAGCCAUGGGCCUUCGUGCCAUAUCCGACGUCGUUGGGAAGAAGAUUGACACAUCUGCGCCUCCCGACUCGCCGCAGGAGUCCGAUCCUACCUCUGCUCGCACCGGAUCCACAACUCCAUCAGCGACAUCCAAGAGCUCGGAACGGCAUAGUACAGAUGGGUCUGGUAAGGCCGCCACUGACGGACAUGGAUUCGUAGUACGUCCUCGGACCGUCAAGUCCAAGAAGGAGACAAGUGCCUAUACUCGGGGUCUUGAGAAGAAGACACCGCAUGAGCAGAUGAACGGUUGUGACUACAGUGGAUGGAUGAAGAAGAGAUCCUCCAACUUGAUGACCACCUGGAAGCCCCGUCUGUUCGUCCUGCGCGGUCGUCGUCUGUCUUAUUACUAUUCCGAGGAUGACACCGAGGAAAGAGGCUUGAUCGACAUCACCGCUCACCGUGUCCUGCGAGCGGAUCAAGAUCCGAUCAUCGCUCUACACGCAACCAUCACCGGCUCAACCGCGUUGCCGGCCAAUGCCAACAAUACCGUGGAUAGCCCUGGCGGCACGAAGCUCACCACACCCUCGGUCAUUCAAUCACUGACCACCAAGGACGGCAGUGGGCCGUUCUUCUUCAAGCUGAUGCCCCCAAAGUCAGGCAACUCGCGCACUGUGCAGUUCACAAAACCGGCCACCCACUACUUCCAGGUCGACAAUGUACAGCAGGGUCGUCUGUGGAUGGCAGCUUUGAUGAAAGCGACCAUCGAGCGUGAUCUAGGACAGGCAGUGGAAUCCACCAACAAGCAAAAGACUAUUAGUCUGAAACAAGCCCGACUGAUGAACCAGCGGCCGCCGGAGCUGAUGCCUGCUUCGGGCAGCACCAAGAACGCGCAGACCAUCGAUGAGGAAGAGGAAGAGCCGGGUCUCCAAAUCGAGGGCUUGAACCUCAGUCAGUCCGAUGCCAACUCGUUCGAGGACACGAACGGCAGUAGUAUGGACAUUAACAACACAGAUGAAGGCCUUAAACGACCUCUUUCUAACCCCCUUGGAGACUUGGACAAUGGUCACUCGUCCUUGCUUCCGGAUCCUCUGACCAAGACGGAAUCUAAGUGA